UUAGCUACAAGGACUGGCCUCAUCGUCCGUGCAGUGUCCGUCUUUCCUCUUCAGUCCACCCACCGAUUACUUGCUUGAACCAAGACUCAGAAUGCCGACCACUGUCACCAUCAACAACCUCUACAUCAAUGGAGGGGCCGCACUCAUCAUGAGCUUCGAUAAGGGGACGCUGAGGAUCGGGGGAAUCCAGCCUACUACCAUCGCUGAGCCUCGCAAAGCGCGCCGUGCACGACGUCAGUCUGGCUACCAACAGGAUGGAUCAUGCCCAGAGAGAGCCAUACAGAUCGACACAGACGAAGUUCAGCCUGUACAGAGGAGGCAGAGAGCUCCACCCGUAGGACGCUCUGGACUGGGAAGAGGUCUAUCGACGGUGUCAUCCGCCCCUCGAAGCGUUCGACCACGUCUGACGGCCACCACGGCACCCGGUAGUCCUCAGCGCGCUCAUACAACAGCUACCACUUCCCGUGAGCACACUGCCCAGGAUCUCUUGCCACCCUCUUCAGUUCCUCAAGCCGGGUCCUCUCGUGACUUGCACGAGCCCAGCACUUAUGACCAUGACCAUGUAGAAGCGAAUGCCACUCAAGCCACUAUCCGAGAGCUCGGCGAGGAAGACGAGAACGAAAUGGCAGAUAACGACUACUCUAGCUCCGGCCAGGAUGACGACCAGCCGUGUGAUGAUAUGACGUGCCCUUGCAAGAGAGGGGCAGAAGACCAGAAUGCCUUGAAAGAUGAAGAAGAUAAGGGUUCUCGCCGUACUAACGGCCAGUAAAGGCCAAGUCUCAGAUCAGAAUAACGAUAAUGGACAGCAAGGCGCAAGAUCGCUUCACAGGAAGGAAAGCAAAAGGUGCAGAAUAACAUCUCCUCUGCAUCAGGCUCGUCAGUCGCUCGCACUACCACAAGUAAUUUUCAAGGCCCCUGUCGCCUUCACAUCCAGCCCUCGGUGUACCCACUGACUUCGCUCUAGGCGUGGCGGGUGACUGUUUGGCGAUCUCCU